AUGUAUAUCUGGAUCUAUGUCUAUGUGCAUAUCAAAUUCCGUGGUUUUGACAAUCUAGACGAAACUGAUUCAUCACAGGUUUCCAACUCAGAGUUGAAGCGAAAAUUGGCUGUGUCGACAAGAUCCAACGAUAUCGAGCAGAAGACAUCCGGCCAAGUGAGUCAAGCAAUAAAGCCACCACCCUGGAAUGGCCAAGGUUAG